UCGUUUUGGGUUUUGACAGUCUGGAAGAAUCACUGUGUUAGCUCCAGUCACGUUUCAUCACACACUGACUCUGACGCCGCAGAAUGAUCCCGGGCCCUGCGGAGCCUUGUGGAGUCUGAGGCCCCGCACAGAAAUCCACCUUGCACCGGCAAAACAGGACCUUCACUGACCGCGUCGCUCUCAGCAGCAGUCAGCCCGAGACAGAAUGUCAAGUAGCCCGGAAGAAAGUCAUUCCAGGGGCGGCGGCUCCGACCGUGACUUGAAAAUGGCCUCUUCGAGCAACACGUCUCUGGAGGGUGGACCACCACCACCGCUGCAGCAGAACCGUAUACGGCAGUCUGACAGUAACACCAGUUUCCUUCGAGCUGCCAGGGCGGGAAACAUUGACAAAGUCCUUGAAUUCCUGAAAAAUGGCGUGGACAUCAGCACCUGUAACCAGAAUGGUCUGAAUGCUUUACAUCUAGCAGCUAAGGAGGGACACAAGGAUUUAGUGGAGGAACUUUUGGAGAGAGGAGCACCUGUUGACUCUUCCACCAAGAAAGGGAACACUGCCCUGCAUAUUGCCUCAUUGGCAGGACAAAGGGAAGUAGUCCGACUGCUGGUGAAGAGAGGAGCAGAUGUCAAUGCUCAGUCACAGAAUGGCUUCACUCCACUCUACAUGGCAGCCCAGGAGAAUCACUUGGAGGUGGUGAGGUACCUGCUGGAAAAUGAAGGGAACCAAAGCAUUGCAACAGAGGAUGGCUUCACUCCACUGGCCAUCGCUCUCCAGCAGGGCCACAACUCUGUGGUCUCCCUGCUGUUGGAGCACGACACCAAGGGUAAGGUUCGUCUACCAGCCCUGCACAUCGCAGCUCGCAAAGAUGACACAAAGUCUGCCGCGCUGCUGCUCCAGAACGACCACAACGCUGACGUACAAUCAAAGAUGAUGGUCAAUAGAACCACAGAGAAUGGGAAGAGUGGGUUCACCCCUCUGCACAUCGCGGCUCACUAUGGUAACGUGAAUGUCUCCACCCUGUUGCUGAACAGAGGAGCUGCUGUGGACUUCACAGCCAGGAAUGGUAUAACUCCUCUCCAUGUGGCCUCUAAGAGAGGUAACACCAACAUGGUGGCCCUGCUGUUGGACCGAGGGGCUCAAAUAGAUGCUAAAACCAGGGAUGGGCUGACACCCCUGCACUGUGCAGCCAGGAGUGGACAUGAUCCUGCAGUGGAGCUGCUGCUGGAGAAAGGAGCCCCCAUCUUAGCCAGAACCAAGAACGGACUGUCCCCACUGCACAUGUCGGCCCAGGGAGACCACAUAGAGUGUGUUAAACUCCUGCUGCAGCACAAGGCGCCUGUUGAUGAUGUCACAUUGGACUACCUCACAGCGCUGCAUGUCGCAGCUCACUGUGGCCACUACAGAGUCACCAAGCUGCUGCUAGACAAGAGGGCCAAUCCCAAUGCUAGAGCACUGAAUGGUUUCACUCCCCUUCACAUCGCUUGUAAGAAGAACAGGGUGAAGGUGAUGGAACUGCUGGUCAAAUAUGGCGCCUCCAUCCAGGCCAUUACUGAGUCUGGUCUGACUCCCAUCCAUGUAGCUGCCUUCAUGGGUCACCUCAACAUUGUUCUCCUUCUGCUGCAGAAUGGAGCCUCUCCCGAUGUCCGUAACAUUCGUGGCGAGACAGCUCUCCACAUGGCAGCACGAGCAGGUCAGAUGGAAGUGGUUCGCUGUUUGCUGAGAAAUGGAGCAUUGGUGGAUGCCAUGGCCAGGGAAGACCAGACUCCCCUCCACAUUGCAUCUCGUUUGGGGAAAACAGAUAUAGUCCAGUUGCUGCUGCAACACAUGGCCCACCCAGAUGCUGCCACCACCAACGGGUACACUCCCCUCCAUAUUUCAGCCCGGGAGGGCCAGGUAGAGACUGCUGCUGUGCUGCUGGAGGCCGGGGCCUCACACUCAUUGGCCACCAAGAAAGGAUUCACUCCAUUACAUGUAGCAGCAAAGUAUGGAAGCCUCGACGUAGCAAAGCUUCUCCUUCAGCGCAAAGCUCUUCUCGAUGAUGCUGGCAAGAACGGCCUGACUCCGCUACAUGUGGCAGCUCAUUAUGACAACCAAGAAGUGGCUCUGCUGCUGCUGGAUAAAGGGGCAUCGCCUCAUGCUACUGCAAAGAAUGGCUACACUCCUCUCCACAUUGCAGCCAAAAAGAACCAGACAAACAUUGCAUUAGCGCUGCUGCAGUACGGAGCAGAGACCAACGUUCUAACCAAGCAGGGAGUCAGCCCUCUACACCUGGCAGCCCAGGAAGGACAUGCUGAGAUGGCCAGCCUGCUGUUGGGCAAAGGAGCUCACAUCAACACAGCCACCAAGAGUGGAUUGACUCCACUGCAUCUCACAGCCCAAGAAGACAGGGUCAAUGCAGCGGAAGUACUGGCUAAACAUGACGCCAACUUGGAUCAGCAAACUAAGCUCGGAUAUACCCCUCUGAUCGUGGCUUGUCACUAUGGAAAUGCCAAGAUGGUGAACUUUUUAUUACAGCAAGGUGCCAGCGUCAAUGCCAAAACCAAGAAUGGUUACACACCACUUCACCAGGCAGCACAACAAGGGAACACACACAUAAUCAAUGUUUUGCUGCAACAUGGGGCCAAGCCAAAUGUUACUACAGUGAACGGAAAUACCGCUCUGUCAAUUGCUAGACGCCUGGGUUACAUCUCUGUGGUGGACACACUGAAAGUCGUCACUGAGGAGGUUGUCACUACAACAACGACGGUCACAGAGAAACACAAGCUCAAUGUCCCUGAGACCAUGACUGAGAUCCUUGAUGUUUCUGAUGAAGAGGCUCUGAGACUGGAGGAUGAGCCAUUAUCUGAGAUGUCUGUGGAGCUGGAAGGUGAGGACACUAUGACAGGUGAUGGUGGGGAGUAUCUGAGAGCAGAGGAUCUCAGGGAGCUGGGAGAUGACUCUCUUCCAGGACACUACCUGGACGGCUUUAGCUACAUGAGCCACAACCUGGACAGGCAGCAGCUCACUCCCAUUCACCAAAGUUUCCAUAAGAGAGAAGGAGUUCUCAUCGAAGACAUGCUUACAAGCCACCAGGUGUCAUCAUUGUCCAGAGAGCACGAAAAGGACUCAUUCCGUCUGAGCUGGGGUGCUGAGCACCUUGAUAAUGUGGUGCUGUCCUCCAGUCUGCUACACUCUGGCCGUUCCUCUCCGUGCCUAGACAAUGACAACAGCAGCUUCCUGGUCAGCUUCAUGGUAGAUGCCAGGGGCGGGGCCAUGCGUGGUUGCCGUCACAAUGGCCUGCGAAUUAUUGUACCACCAAGGAAGUGCUCUGCACCUACGCGGGUGACAUGCAGGCUGGUGAAGAGACACCGUCUGGCCUCUAUGCCCCCUAUGGUGGAGGGUGAGGGGCUGGCUGGUCGCAUCAUAGAAGUAGGACCCACCGGAGCUCAGUUCCUGGGUAAGCUCCACCUGCCCACAGCUCCGCCCCCUCUGAAUGAGGGUGAGAGCCUGGUCAGUCGCAUCCUGCAGCUGGGUCCUCCAGGAACCAAGUUCCUCGGGCCUGUGAUUGUGGAGAUCCCCCAUUUUGCAGCUCUGCGGGGCACAGAGAGAGAGUUAGUGAUCUUGAGGAGUGAGACAGGGGAGAGCUGGAGGGAACACCACUGUGACUUCACUGAAGAAGAGCUGAACCAGAUACUGAAUGGCAUGGAUGAAAAACUUGAUUCCCCUGAGGAGCUUGAGAAGAAAAGAAUAUGCCGCAUCAUCACCCGAGACUUCCCACAGUACUUUGCCGUAGUGUCACGGAUAAAGCAAGACAGUCAUUUGAUUGGACCAGAGGGCGGGGUCCUUAGCAGCACUCUUGUGCCCCAGGUCCAGGCUGUCUUCCCUGAGGGAGCUCUCACCAAGAAAAUCAGAGUUGGGCUGCAGGCUCAACCCAUUGAUGUGGAGCUGGUGAGAAAGGUUCUUGGUAACAAAGCCACAUUCAGCUCAAUUGUCACAUUAGAACCAAGAAGGAGGAAGUUCCACAAACCAAUCACCAUGACAAUCCCUAUUCCCAAGAGCCCCAACAGUGACGGGCCAAGUGGAGUAUACAGUGGGGAGACCCCCACUUUACGUUUGCUCUGCAGUAUUACAGGUGGAACCACUCCAGCCCAAUGGGAGGACAUCACCGGCUCCACACCUCUCACCUUUGUUAACCAGUGUGUUUCCUUCACCACAAAUGUGUCGGCAAGGUUCUGGCUGAUAGACUGCAGACAGAUCCAGGAGUCUGUUAGUUUUGCCUCUCAGCUGUACAGAGAGAUCAUCUGUGUUCCAUACAUGGCAAAGUUUGUAAUUUUUGCCAAGACACUGGACCCCAUUGAGGCCCGCCUGCGCUGUUUCUGCAUGACAGACGACAAGAUGGACAAAACCCUGGAGCAGCAGGAGAACUUCACUGAAGUUGCCCGCAGCCGAGAUGUCGAGGUGCUGGAAGGAAAACCCAUAUUUGCUGACUGCUUUGGAAACCUGGUGCCUCUUACCAAGAGCGGACAGCACCAUGUGUUCAGCUUCUUUGCCUUCAAAGAGAACAGACUGGCCCUCUUCAUCAAAAUUAGAGACACAGCGCAGGAGCCAUGUGGUCGCCUGUCGUUCACAAAGGAACCACGGACGUACCGUAGUCUUAACCACAAUGCUAUCUGCAACCUCAACAUUACCCUCCCAGCAUACUCAAAGGAGUCUGAUUCAGACCAAGAUGCAGAUGAUGAGAGUGAGAAGAGUGACAAGAAAUAUGAUGAAUCUGAAUCAACUGAGACAUUCUCUCUGAGAACUAACCAACCUCUUGACCCUGCAACCCUUGCAAGCCCGGACCUUCUCUCAGACAUGUCGGACAUCAAAAUGUAUACCAUUCUGACUGUAGAGCAAAUGAAUGAAGAGGGAGCCAGAGCUAGAGGGCUGGCAGACAAAGAGCAUUUGGCUAUAGUAGAACAGUUCAAAGAUGGAUUGGAAAAGGUUGGAGAGACUCAAAGAGAACCAGUCAUCCAGGAGAUUUGCGUCAAGAGGAUGACUUCAAGUAGAUCUAUGGACAUGGAAAAAUACUUUGAACAGACACCUGUAGUGACGAGUGGUUCUCAAGAAGACCUUCUCCAAGAUAGAUUAGAACAGGUUGUUGUAAAGCGUGAUGGCAAACGGCGUCCUCCAGAUAUCAAGAAACCUAUUAGGAAGAAGCUUAGAGACAGAGAGCGUUCUGGAUGUAGUAGCUCUGAGGGAGAGCUGGAAAGGAUGAGUUCUGAGGAGUCAUUAGAUGGUGAUGCAGUUCUUAAGGAGAGUGGCCUUGUACCCACCCCAGUUAUGGAUCCCCCAGCUUCUCCUGUUGUUGUUGAAACAUCUAUAGGAUCUAUAAAAGAAAGAGUUAAAGCUUUACAGAACAAAGUCAAAGAGGAUGAGGUGCAAAAAACCACUCAAGUUCUAAUACAUGAGGCAAAAUCUUCUAUCACCACAAAGAAGUUGGAGGCAGACAUGCCAGAACUUCCCAGACUCCCCAAGUCUCCCAAAUCUCAGACAGAGAGAUUAGAGGAGACUAUGUCUGUUAAAGAGCUCAUGAAAGCAUUCCAAACUGGACAAGACCCUUCAAAAAGUAAAUCAGGGCUUUUUGAGCACAAAGCCAUGGCUUCUUGUAAUUCAGCAUUGAUAUCUCAAUCAGGAGAUUCUAAGGAGAUACAGAGAGAACAAAGUCCUACACAGGAGCCAGAAUCCCAGAUUCAGAGUCAAAGCCCCACAAUUUCCUCUCAGCAUAGUGAUGUCAACAAACGUGACCAAACAAACUUAAAGGAUGAACCAAGUUUGAUCAAAGACUCUGAGGAAUCACAGGUGGGGUCAGAUAGUGCUUAUUUUGGAAAGGCAGUAAAAUCUGUUGAUACAGUUCAUUGUGACGAUGCAAGAGUUAUCCCACAGAAAGAGACACCAGAGUUGUCAGAGAAGGAGACUGUGUCUGUGAAAGAGUUGAUGAAAACAUUCCAGACUGGGCAAGAACCAUCAAAAACUAAAGUAGAGCUUUUUGAACAGGAAGCAGCGCCUUCUUCUUGUAUUUCGACACUGAUAUCUGAAUCAACUGAUUCUAGAAAGAUACAGACACCUGAUCGAAGUCCUGUGCAGGAGCCACAAUCACAAUUUCAAACUCAGAGCUAUCAACAGAAUGAUGUCAAGAAAUGUGACGAAACAGAUUUAGAGGACGAAUUAUUAAGCUUACGUAGAGACAAGUCUGAGGAUUCACGGUUAAUGUCAGAUAGUGCUUAUUUUGGAAAGCCAGUAAAAGUUGCUGAUACAGUUCAAACUGACAGUGGAAGGGUUGUCCAACAGAAAGAGACACCAGAGUUGUCAGAGAAGGAGUCUAUGCCUGUGAAGGAGCUGAUGAAAACAUUCCAGACUGGGCAAGAGACCCCAAACACUAAAACAGGAUUGAUACCUAAAAUGGGAGAUUCUGAAGAGAUGCAGACAGUUGAACAAAGUCCUUCACAAGAGGCAAAAUCACAAUAUCAAGCUCAAGAACAGACAGAUGUCAACAUAUAUGGCAUGACAGACUUAAAGGAUCAACCAGUAAGAGAUAACUCUGAGGAACUGCACUUGACUUCAGAUGGUGCUCCGUUUGGAAAGACAGUAAAGUUUGCUGAUACAGUUCAGUGUGAUGAUGGAAGGGUUAUCCCACAGAGAGAGACACCAGAGUGGCCAGGGAAAGAAACUGUGUCUGUGAAGGAACUGAUGAAGAAAUUCCAGGCUGGGCAGAACAGUGAAAGUGGGCUGUGUGAACCCAAAACAGUGGCCUCUUCUGAACACAGUCCUAUACAGGAGCCAAAAUAUCAAACUGUGAACUUAAAAGUAGAAGCCUCUGAGGAAUCACAACUAAUUUCAGACAUCUCUUAUUUUGGAGAGACAGCAAUAAAUGCAUAUAAGUUUGAUGAUGGAAGUGUUAGCCCUCAGAGGGAGGAGCCAAAGUUCACAGAGAAGAGCCUAGGCGGGAUGCAAAUAGAAGAAGAACCAGUCAUAAGCGCUGGUAGGAGUUUAUCGGAAGACAUGCAGAUCAGCCCUGAUCGCAGACCUUCUGAGGACUUCACUGCUGACAUAAAGGCUGAGCUGGAAGAAAGUCCUGAGUAUCAGCUGUUCAAGCAAACAUCAACAGCUGCAGAUGAGAGCUAUCAGUUAAAGGCAACUGAGGAGGAGACCCUUAGUGAUGAUUCUGAUACAAAUCCAGUAUCCAUUUUGAGUCCGUGUAUGAAAGCUCAUUUUGGGAAAGGUGUUUUUCUUAUCGAGAAUCAAAUGAAAGAUGAUCUAAGUCCUGAGAGUCCCAAGCAUGAAGGCAUGGCUGAAUCCUCAGACACUAGUGCUGAUAUUAAGACUCCUCAUUCCAGCUCAGGGGAGAGUGAGAAUUUUGAGGGACUUUCACUGACCCAUCAAAUGACCAGUGAAAUGCUUACUUAUUCUGCUAGAACAGAAGAAGAGCACAUCAUACCUUCACAGGAAGAGAACAAUCUUGACAAUAAAACAGCUACUCAUGGAAGCAAAAUACUUUUUAAACAAACUGAAGACACUGAAGAACCAGAUGUCCGAAUGGAGGAGCCAGAACUUAAAGUAGUCCACAUUAGGGAGAAAACAUCUGGCCAGGCACCCACCACAGUAAAAGAUAUGUCAGGGAUGUUGUCCUUAAUGAGCAGUGACUUGGAUCAGUAUCUACAAGUUAGGACUGUGACAAGCCAGCCAUCAGAAAAGGAUAUUGUACAGGAGAAAUUUGAACAAAUCAUGUUGACAAAGGACAAAGAUAAAGAAAUUCUCACAGUUGUCACAGGUGAAAAUAAAGGAGCUUUAAUGGAAGGAACAACACAAGAAAUGGGUCGUGCAACAAUGGAGCAAUCAAUCACAAGGGGAGCUGAAGAAUUGAAGAGUGAAUCCAAAGAAACCAAAUCAUCCAAACAAGCAAAAGAUUUGUCAGGGAUGUUUUCAGUCAUGAGCGAUGACUUUGAUCAGUAUCUAGAGGCUAGGCCUGUGGCUGAUCAACCAAAAGAAGAGCAUAAUGUGCAGAAGAAAUCUGAAUUUUUACCAUCUUUCUCUGAUGAAAAUAAAGGAGUGAUAGCAGAUGACACAGCACAAGAAACAGAUGGUGCUAGAUUGAAACAUGAAGUCACAAGGGGAAGUAAAGAAGUAAUAUGUGAAUUCAAAGAAACCCAGUCAACCUUGAUUGAAGAACUCCCAACGAAGGAAGAGUGGGUAGAGAAAAAGGCUUCACAUCAACUGCCUACAAGAGCAAAGGAGAUGUCAGGCAUGCUAUCACUGCUGAACAGUGACUUGGACCAGUAUCUCAAGGACAGGCCAGUGAAAAGUAGGCCCUCAGAAGAGGAUGUUAUCCAGGAGAAAUUUGAAGAAAUGACUCUCCGAAAAUCCUCUAGUGACGAUCAAAUGGUAACAAGAUGGGAAAAAACACAAAUAAUAGCUAAUACUAAUUUGGAGGAUAAGACAGAUGGAGAGACACAUGAACACCCUCAGGUAGAUAUAGUUGAAGUGAAAGAACUGACACAAAGUUCUGUUUUGGAGACACCGUUCCAAGAAGUUUGUAUCCAGAGAAAGACACACCAUGGCCAGUCUACAACUGACAAGAAUAUGUCAGGGAUGUUGACACUUCUCAGUAGUGACUUGGAUCAGUAUCUCAAGGAAAAGCCAGUGGCAAUACAAUACCACCCAGGUGAUGAUGUGGUCCAUGAGAGCUGCAAACAAAUUAUACUGACAAGUAAUGAUUUGGAGGAUAAGUUAGGUGGACAGGCAAAUGAAGACCUGCAGACUGAUUCCGUUGAAGUGAAAGAACUGACACCAAGUUCUGUUCUGGAGACACCAUUCCAAGAAGUUUGUAUCCAGAGAAAGACACACCAUGAACAGUCUACAACUGAGAAGGAUAUGUCAGGGAUGCUGACACUUCUCAGUAGUGACUUGGAUCAAUAUCUCAAGGAAAAGCCAGUGACAAUACAAUGCCACCCAGAAGAGGAUGUAGUCCAUGAGAGCUGCAAACAAAUUAUACUGACAAGUAAUGAUUUGGAGGAUAGGAUAAGUGGAGAGGAUAAGAUAGGUGGAGAGACAGGUAUGGUUGAAGUGAAGGAACUGUCUCCAAGUUCUGUUUUGGAGACACCGUUCCAAGAAGUUUGUAUCCAGAGAAGGACACACCAUGAACAGUCUACAACUGACAAGAAUAUGUCAGGGAUGUUGACACUUCUCAGCAGUGACUUGGAUCAGUAUCUCAAGGAAAAGCCAGUGGCAAUACAAUACCACCCAGGUGAUGAUGUGGUCUAUGAGAGCUGCAAACAAAUUAUACUGACAGGUAAUGAUUUGGAGGAUAAGAUAGGUGGAGAGGCAAAUGAAGACCUGCAGACUGAUGCCGUUGAAGUGAAAGAACUGACACCAAGUUCUGUUUUGGAGACACCAUUCCAAGAAGUUUGUAUCCAGAGAAAGACACACCAUGAACAGUCUACAACUGAGAAGGAUAUGUCAGGGAUGCUGACACUUCUCAGUAGUGACUUGGAUCAAUAUCUCAAGGAAAAGCCAGUGACAAUACAAUGCCACCCAGAAGAGGAUGUAGUCCAUGAGAGCUGCAAACAAAUUAUACUGACAAGUAAUGAUUUGGAGGAUAAGAUAGGUGUAGAGGCAAAUGAAGACCUGCAGACUGAUGCCGUUGAAGUGAAAGAACUGACACCAAGUUCUGUUCUGGAGACACCAUUCCAAGAGGUUUUAAUCCAGAGAAAGACACACCAUGAACAGUCUACAACUGAGAAAGAUAUGUCAGGGAUGCUGACACUUCUCAGUAGUGACUUGGAUCAAUAUCUCAAGGAAAAGCCAGGGACAAUACAAUGCCACCCAGAAGAGGAUGUAGUCCAUGAGAGCUGCAAACAAAUUAUACUGACAAGUAAUGAUUUGGAGGAUAAGAUAGGUGGAGAGGCAAAUGAAGACCUGCAGACUGAUGCCGUUGAAGUGAAAAAACUGACACCAAGUUCUGUUUUGGAGACACCAUUCCAAGAAGUUUGUAUGCAGAGAAAGACACACCAUGAACAGUCUACAACAGAGAAGGAUAUGUCAGGGAUGUUGACACUUCUCAGUAGUGACUUGGAUCAGUAUCUUAAGGAAAAGCCAGUGGCAAUACAAUGCUAUCCAGAAGAGGAUGUAGUCCAUGAGAGCUGCAAACAAAUAAUGUUAACAAAAGACAACAAAAGAGAAACUCCUACAUUCUGCCCUGAACAGGAGAUGAUGUCACCAGAGGGUACAAAUGUAGACGUUGUGGACAUUAAUAAAAAGGACAUUUUUGAAAGUGGGUGGCAGACAAGUUCCCAUGAAGAUGAAGAUCCCAAGAGUUCCUCAUCUGAGGAGGGUGAGGCUAAAAUGUCACCAAGUGCAGUGUCACAUUCUAAAGGCUCUAGUGAAAGGAUGGUGGACAUUACAACAUCAUAUAUAACAAAUGAUGAAGGUAACAAUGACCAGAAAGAUUUCGGUGUAGAUGCUACUCAUUCAGUUCUCAAAACACACACUUUUCUGCAACUACCGAGUAUUUCUAGCACACCACAACGACCAGCUGAUUUGGAGAACCUAAACACUGUGGUCUUUGAAGACCCAGCUAAAGAGCCAUAUCGAGAUUCACUUGAGGCCAGUCCUCUCAUGGAGGAUAAAUCUUCAAAAAAAUCCCCUGAUUCAAUUGAGCCAAGCCCUAACAGAGAAUCCCCUUGUCCAGACUCUCUUGAGGGAAGUCCCACAAAAUCGAAGGACUCAGAGCUUAAGAUGCCCACGAAGCCAGCUGUGUAUGAGGAUUACACUUCCCAGCUCAAAGCAUGCUUUGCAUAUGACAAAAAUAUUUACAGUGAUGAAAGUGAGCAUGAUGUGCAAGGAAACAAUGGUGAGAAUGUCCAAAUGGAAAGUGAAACUAAGGAAGACAAACAUUCCAACUCAGCAAUGAGAGUAAGUGAUGGAAACAUGUCCUCCAACCCCAAAAUUUGUGACAGUGAGAAUCUUCACAUGCUCAUAAGGCAAGACUCUCUUGACACAGAUGAUAGUGGGGAUGAUACCACUAACAAACAAUUCACCCCAGAAGAGGAGAUGUUCAAAAUGGCUCCAAAGAUCAAAACAUUUGAGGAGAUGGAACAGGAGGCUAAAAUGAAGAGAGAUACACCUUUUGAGACAGGUGAUCACACAGACAAUGAGCUAGAUCUAAAAUUUGGCCCAGGUAUACAGUCUCUGUCACAAGAUUCACUACAGAAAAUUUCAGAAAAAUGUGUGACAGAAGACAUUCACACACUUACUGAGACAACAGAUAGUAGUUUGAGUGUUACAAAGAAAGAAGAAAUUCAGUCACAACUAAAAACUGCUGAAUCAGUUGAUUCAGCUGCAACUCAAAGAGAGGAACCUGAUACAGAAAGUGAGGACCUGUUCGGAGAAAGAGAAGCUCAAAUACACAAAGGCGCUGUAGAAGGUGACCAUUCCUCAGUCAGUGACACACAUUUUUAUAGCUUUGUGACAGAUGAGCACCAUUCAGAUGUUGAUGAAGUUCAGUUACCACUGACAGAUGGUUCUGUUUCUGCCAGCAGACCUCAGGCUAUGGUGUCUACUAAAGAAGUAGAAUAUGUCAUUCCAGGGUGUGAGGGUGACAGUGAUGUAGGCUUCAAUGCACAAGUUGAGGCUGAGAAACAGAUGAAUCUUUGUCCUGCAGAGGGCAGAAAAACACCUGUUCGAACUCCAGGUAAUGAGGGAACCCCUGACCCAUUUCAGUUUCAAGAGGGGAAGUUAUUUGAAAUGACCAGAGGGGGAGCUAUUGAUAUGACAAGAAGAAGCACUGAUGAAGAAGAGGAAGGGCAUGCUCUUUUUCAUGUAGGGGAACACCCAGUAGAUGAAGCUGCACCAGAAGAGGCUGAGGAAGAUCAGACACUAAGAAAGUCUUCAACUUCAGAGGAUAGUGAUUCUAUCACAGACACAACCCAUCAAGAGAUCCCCAAAUCAUCACUCACUCUGGGUGCCACUUACAAAAUUCCCACUCCCAAACCCAGAACUCUCAUCAAACCUUCAAGUGACAAGUCAGAGAGAGAAAAGCCACUCUCUAAAGCUGAUCUUGGCAGCUCAACCGAGACUCAGCUUGGUUCCCCCAAUGCUUUGGAAAGACUAACCAAUGUUCAAGGUGAGAUCAAAAGCCUUGAGAGUCUUGGUCUAAACUAUCUAGACUCUACUAUAGCUGACCUUCAAUCAGACACAUCCACACUUAGCCAUUCAGUGUACUCAGAGCAGAGCCACGAUUCCUCAGAUUCCUCUCAUGAUGAUGAUGAGGAGGAGGAGGAGGAGGAGGAGGAAGAUGAAGAAGAUCAGUGCUCAGUCAUAGAGAUGUCCCUUUCAGCUGCACAGGCUGGCAUCCCAGGAUAUCAUCAGGAUUCACCCCCACCUUUGGCAAUCAAACCAAGCAGCACAAUUAAAGAGGUUCACCAUUUCAAAACCAACAUAGUCACAAAAGAUUCACAGAUAUCUGAGCUCGAUCAGGUUCAAAGAAAAGCAGAAAAAAGCUCAACCUUGGAUCGCAGGACGAGAUCUGAGGCAGAUAGCGACACAAGUAAAGCCUCUAAUAAAGCCAGUAGGAGUUAUUCUGAGAGUAGUCAGUCUUCUCAUGAAUCCAACUUCUCUCCUUCCCAACUUCCUGUCAUGAUGCAACAAAAACCUCUAGCUCAUAGGAUCUCCUCCUCCUCUCCCCAAAGGAAAGAAGUCUUAAAGACUACAGAAACAUCUGUUAGGUAUUCUUUGGAUACGGAUGAUAUAAGCAGUGCUAGUCAGAGGAGUCCAGAUUCUGUUAUCUUUACAUAUGACAUCCCAGCCUCAAACAGUUCCGAUUCUGAUGGCAAUCCAUUGCCAGGUGUGCAGCCAUCUUCUGGGACAGAGGAUGUAUUUGAAUCAAGGCUUGCCUGGGAUGACAGGGUUGAAACUCAGAUGCAGAGAAUCACCGAUGACCAAACUCCAGAAUGUACGCCAGUGGAUUGGCAGGAUGACGCUGACAGGAAAGAGGAGACAUUAGCUAUCAUUGCAGAUCUUCUUGGCUUCAGCUGGACUGAGCUGGCAAGAGAACUUGAAUUCAGUGAAGAUGAUAUCCAAUUAGUGAGAUCAGAGAAUCCUAAUUCACUUCAAGAGCAGAGCCAUGCCUUGCUGCAGCGCUGGGUUGAGCGGGAAGGUAAACAUGCCACAGAGGACUGUCUGAUUAAGAGGCUAACCAAGAUCAACCGCAUGGAUAUCGUCCAUCUUAUUGAAACCCAGAUGAACAAAUCAGUUCAAGAGCAAACAUCUAGAACUUAUGCAGAGAUAGAGAAGACACUGGAUCACAGUGAAGUGUCAGUAGCCCUAUCUUCAGUGCAAGAGGACACAGACAGCCCCAGAAUCAUAAGAAGGGUGGAGUCAGAUCGCAGACCACCCCCUGCUGUUUCUGAAGAGGACCUCUCAGUUGCUUCCCUUCUGGAUAUUCCUUCCUGGGCAGAGCCUGUUGGACAUACCCACUCAGAAAGCAUGCAUGGUGACCUGUUGGAGGAGCUUGAGAUCCCGCAUGAACUGAACCCUAACUUGUGGACCUCCGAGGAUGUAAUUACACCGGAACCUACAUGUUACGACAACUCAGAUGAGCAAGUAUCAACAGCAUCUUUCAGGACAGAUCUUUCAGAAUCUUCAGAACAAAAAAAUGUUGGUUUAGGACAGAGUCAGAUGCCACCCUUGGCAAAUGAUUCAAACACACUUUCCACUGAAAAGCUAGAAUUGCCAAUUCCAGGUGCUUUUGACCUAAGUAAAACACAAUCUGAAAUCACAUUGACCAAUCAAAGUAGUUCAUCACAGGAAAAAGAUGAAAAACAGUCAUUCCCCAAACAAAGUGAAGAUUCUGGCUCAGCUAAAUCAAGCUCAGAGACGCCAGACUUGCUCUGUCAAACAGCCCAAGGCAGUCUAGAUGAUAAAAUCAUCAUGUCCUCAGAAUCCACUCCAACACCACCAGAGUCGAGGUCCCCUCAGCUUGAUCAGCUGCUAUCAGAACUGGAGGAGAUGAAACUUAAGUUUAGACCAGAGACACUUGACCCACCUCUGUCAGAUUCCAGUGAUGAAAGCUCUAAAGUUGAUCAAAUUUACAAGUUUGAAGACCUCUCACCUGAAGAUCAGUGUGCUACAGAAGAUGGUGAUAUUGUCAGUGUGUUUUCUGUGGUACAGCUGGCAGUUGACACUGACCACACAAAAGUAGGAGUCACAGAGCCUGCACAAUUCCAGACAUCCAUUCAAGAUGAACCUGAAUUAGUCUCAGCUGCUCCCGAUCUAACAAAAACCUCUGAGACCAGUGUGCCAUCAAGCCUGGGAAAAGAAAGUCCUGUAUCCCCUACUGAAUCCCUUUCAAUCCCAGAAUCUCCCCAAGGAAUUUGUGAGGCGACUGAAACAUCACUGAACUCAAAUCUUCCUUUAGAUAUAUUCCAGUCCAGUAAAUAUGUUGAAAAUGCUGCUGUUUCCUCAGUGUCUUUCCCCAAAAUAGCUGCAAAGAGUCAGUCUGAGUUUCCAGGAGAAAAUCUGGUAAAUCUUUGUGAGGAAGAGUCUACUACUAACAUUCUUCAAAGUCAAGAACAAUGUGAAUCAACUACACCAUCUAAUGACUCAAGGCGUGCAAGAGAAGAAACAUCAACACAGAGUAUCAAAGAUCAGCUUCCACAUUUAUGGGAUGUAACCUCUGUUGAAGGCAUUCAGGCUGAAGAUUUUUCUUCACAGUCUCUUUCUGAUUUGACUCCUGAGACAGUUACAUCUGCAAGACAUUUUAGCUUCAAGGAACUGAUCCCUUACCCGUCCUCAGGAAACUUUGAGACAUCUUCAGAUGAAGAUAGGCCAAGGACCAGUGGACAGUAUUCAGAAGAAUCUCUGACUCCAGUAGACUAUGAUUGUUUUGCUUCUCAACCUACUUCAAUUAAACCUAAAGCAGAGGUGAUGUCGUCGACCUCUGAUGAGGAGUACAGCAUCCCACCUGGGUAUGCAGAGACCUCUUCUACUACAACCAUCUAUACCCACAUGCCUCCAGGAUACGCAGAGAUGGUGCAUAGUGGUGCAGACAGCCCUACCUUUGAAUACUCUGAUCCAGAGCCUUACUUUGACUGCAAACAAGCAGCAUCAGACUUCUCAGAGAAUGAGCCAGAUGAACCUGAGUCAAGAACGAGGUCAAGGGGAGGUCAACCCCAGGAUCAUCUCAGCCAUUCUGGAGUGAUAGAAAAGGUGACACGAGGAGUGCUAUUGUCAUCAGGAAGUGAAGAUUAUGAGGAUGCUCCUUUUGUCCAGGAGCCUCUUCAUAAUAUACAUGAAGAGAGUGAAGAAUUAAUACACUAUUCUGAAACAUCAGAUGAAGAAUUCUCCUUGUGUGAGGCUUCACAACCGCCCCAUGUCUGUGAAGUUAGGGCUUGUGGUGAUACUGAUAAUUCUCUGACAAGGGAGAUCAACGCUGAGCUCGGAUCAAUGUCAGAAAGUUCAGAUGAUGAAUUUUUGACCACCAGAAUAGUGCGAAGGAGAGUUGUCAUUCAGGCUGAUGAAAUGCCUGACCUCCCCACUCAGUCAGUGACCGAAGAAAAGUACAAGGAUGAAAAUGGACACAUUGUCGUCAAAAGGGUUACCCGUAAAAUUAUUCGCAAGUGUGUGUCCGCGGAUGGCACGGAGCAUGAAGAGGUGUCGGUGGAAGGCGCUCCCCAGGGGUCCAUCAGUAUGACAGAGGGAGAUGGGUAUUCCAAAGUUGUGAAGCGGACUAUACUGAAGAGUGAGGGAGACCAUACAGAGGUAACAUUCACUGAAUGUGCGGGUUUGUCAGCAUCAAGGCAGGACACAGCUGAGGGUAGUAAGGUCAGCCUCGUAGAAAGGACAAUGGUGGUGGAGGGCGAAAGGACAGUGACACACCAGGGUGAUCCGUCUUUGGCCUCUGACCUCCCCUCAGCCCAAGACGACUUCAAACAGGCACUAGGUUAUGUAAGUGGUUUUAGCAGAACAGAGCUCCCUCAUGUGGUAGAAAGAGAGACUAUCAAAGAAGACGGGACUGUGGUCAGGAGGGCUCACAUGCGUAAAGGUCGCACCCUCAGACAAACAGUGGUGAAGGGAGCUGGGCAGCGCAGACAGGUUCUUCUAGAGAAAGUGGACAGUCCCAGAAAAGGUGGGUCAAAACCACGUGAACUCCAGCAGCAUCUCCACCAGCUCUUUCACCGUUACUAUGAAGAAGACAAGAAGGACAAUGAUGAGGACGAAGAGGAGGAGGAAGAGUAGAAGAAUGUGUAACACUCCACCCGACUCCCUGGCUCUGCCCAUGCUAAAGUCACCCCUAAUCCUAUGCAUUAGCCAACUGCAAUCCCAGUGUGCACCAUGGCACUUCAACGCUACCACGGUCUUCCCACUUAAGUCCUGGAAGAUGACAUUUUGUCCACAAUUUGGAGUUUUCUUCCCUGGCUGGUAUUAUGUAUUCAUGAUUUUCUUUUCAUGUUCUGAUGUUGUUUUGCCUUUUUGUGACCAAAGAAAGCUUUUCCUGAUUAAUUUUACUUUCCGUGUCAGAAUUGUCUUUGAUAUUUUUGUCCUGAUGCUGUGGUAGAGCAACAAAAAAGAAAGAGAAAACAAUGGAAUACUAUUUACAUCAACUAACUCAAAAACCUCUUGAAGGUAAAGAACGUUUUACCCGCAAAAUACUGGUACUACUCUCUGGGUAGGUGCUUGGACUGAAAGACAAUAUUUCACACUGCACUGCCUCUCACAACCAGAGUUUCUCAGAUAUUCCUAACUGAAAAAUUGUCUCACUCAUUGUACUAGCCUCUCCACUCUUUUGAUUCAGGUGGUCAUGAUGUCACACAGAGAAAUCCAGACUGUAUCAACACUGAAUUUAACUGCUGCUGCUGCUGUGUUUUGUGUAGGCUAUGUGUAAUCUGUCUUUGGAAAUUAUAUAUUAUCUAUAAUCUAGACAUUACUAACAUCUGUAGCCUAGGAAUUAAUAAUCACUCAUGUGAAGUAGAGCAGGCAUGACUAAUCAACAUCUGUCAUUAUGAUCCUAGCUUUGACUGCUUUGUAGUUCUAUGGAUUGCCCUUCUGCCUCUCUUUCCCUUCUGUGUGUGUGUCUUUCUUUCUCUCUUAUUAUGUUUAAUUCUAAUGUUCUUUUUUUGUUUUUGGGGUUGUUUGGGGUUUUUUUGGCUUUUGUUUCUGGCUUUUUCUCUUGAAUUGUUGAUCUUGACUUGUUUUGUAUGACUGUUGAGAGAAUGUUUUGAGAAACUGUUGAGUUAAAUACUGAUUGACAGCUGGUUUGAAAAGGGUAUUUUAGGUUAUUGAAGAUGUCUUAGUUUAGAGUUGAUCUUUUUUGAUUCUGAGUUUAGCUUAGUAGUUAAUAUAGAGAAAUUCUCUAUUUAACCUUUAGUUUGAACGCCAAUGAGAAGCUUCUUUUUAUAAAGAAGUCCCUCAGAAUUUGCCACUGGGGAAUGAGAUCACGAAAGCUGUUGAAGAGACACUUGUCUUGUAUAACGUGUGAUAAGGUGAUCAGAUGUUUGUGCUUUAUUUUUUGUUAAACUUUAUUAGUUUAUCUUUUCAACCAGAAAGUGUUAAGCCAGGCAUUGGCAGUUGUGUGGUGUGUGUUUCUGAGUGAAUGAGUCUGUGCGUGUAGUAGAGUCUCGCUAGUUUCUCUGAACAAAGAAAAAAAAAAAAACAGUUUAUUUUACACAAACCGCAUUUGCACUCCUGAA